CCCUCCCUCUGCAUCCAUCCCUGGGUGGAUCUCAGGGAAUCUUGCUGCUCACCCUGAAGAAGAGACCUGAGAGCUCAGCUCUGGUGGGAUCAACUGCUUCUAUGGUGGGAUUGCAGCCACCUCUCCGGAUCCUUUGGGGGCUCCAUCCCAACCCCCUGCAGCCCAUCUUUCCUCACAACCGUGGCAGCUGCUGGAGCCGAUCCCAUGCACCCACCUCUCAUCCUCCAGGACCUUUUUAGUCCUCAUCCGUCCUGAGUUCUGCUACUGAUCCCAAAUCCUGGGGGCAACCCGAUGAAUCUGACCCACACGUGGCUCUCCUUUUCCCAUAUGGGGCCUCAGCCCCCUUUGGGAUCCCAUUGUGUGGAUCAGGGCAGAGAGCUGUGCCUCGAUAUCUCUGGUUCUGAGGCUCCUGCCAUCCAACCCUUCACACAUCCCAGCUGCUCCCUGACCCACGGGGGCACUUCCCCUAUCGCUCCCCACGCCGUGAUCCAUCCUCCCCCCUUUUGAUCCCUUCCAACUCCAAGCCUCUCCCAUUCUACCACCCCCAAAGCCGGAUGGGGGGGGGAGCUGUGGGGGCUCUCAAUGCAUCCCAACCUCCCAACUUCAUCCCACAGCCACGACUGGCGCUGCCUGCUGUGCCAGGACCUCCCCCCCCCCACCGAGGGGCUCCCCAACGGCGCUCCUGAGGAGGGUCAGCUCCCCACGCUCUGCCCCACGGACCAGCAGAAGUGUGAACGCGUGCUACUGGAGCUGCUUUGCCACGAGCCCUGCCGCCCCCUGCACCGCCUCUCCAGCUCCACAGAGAGCAGCGACGCCAUCGACCUGACGCUGAUCCGGGCCAAGCUGCAGGGGAAGCUCUCCCCCACCUACAGCAGCCCAGAGGAAUUCGUCGCUGACAUCGCUCGCAUGAUCCACCAAUUCAACCGCGUGACAGAGGACAAAGCUGACGUGCAGUCCAUCCUGGGCGUGCAGCGCUUCUUCGAGGAGCAGCUCAGAACUGCCUUCAACAACCGCAGCUUCUCCACCCUCCUCGACCCCGGUGCGCCCAUAGAAGGGGCUGAAAGCAACGCAGCGGCCCCCCCUGCCCCCCUCCCUGCCCCUCCUGCGGCCCCCUGAGCUCCCCCCCCAUUUGCUGGAGGGCAGC